CGUCCCGCCCCCUUAAGCUGCGAUACGCCGAGCGCUCAACAUCCGAGGACUUUGGCCCACAGUAACCCCGCUCUCGUGACCUUUCCCCUCCAUUCCGCGCCUCCGGCUGCUGGCCGGGCAAGAGGCUGGCGGCUGGGCUCUGGCGCCCCUCCCUGCAGGGCGCAGGCUCUCCCCCUCCCGUCUCCUCCGCGCUGUUCCUCGUCAUGGCGGCCCUCAGCAAGUCCAUCCCUCAUAACUGCUAUGAGAUUGGCCACACUUGGCACCCUUCCUGCCGGGUCUCCUUCCUGCAGAUCACCGGGGGCGCCCUGGAGGAGUCCCUGAAGAUCUAUGCUCCUCUGUACUUGAUUGCAGCAAUUCUCCGGAAAAGGAAAUUAGACUAUUAUUUACACAAACUACUCCCUGAGAUCCUACAAUCUGCUUCAUUUCUAACUGCUAAUGGGGCCUUGUAUAUGGCUUUCUUUUGCAUUUUAAGGAAGAUACUUGGAAAAUUCUACUCAUGGACUCCUGGCUUUGGUGCCGCUUUGCCAGCAUCUUAUGUGGCCAUUCUCAUUGAAAGAAAAAGCAGGAGAGGGCUGCUCACAAUUUAUAUGGCCAACUUGGUCCUUUUGUUUUGCAUCACAGCUGCCAUGUACAUGUUCUUUUUCAGGUGCAAGGAUGGUUUGAAAGGAUUUACAUUUUCUGCACUUAGGUUCAUUGUAGGGAAGGAAGAAAUUCCCACACACUCUUUUUCACCAGAGGCAGCAUAUGCAAAAGUGGAACAAAAGAGAGAGCAACACAAGGAAAAACCCAGAAGAAUGAAUAUGAUUGGUCUAGUCAGGAAAUUUGUGGAUUCAAUAUGCAAACAUGGACCAAGGCAUAGAUGUUGCAAACAUUAUGAAGAUAAUUGCAUCUCUUAUUGCAUUAAAGGUUUCAUCAGAAUGUUUAGCGUGGGGUACUUGAUCCAGUGCUGCCUCCGAAUCCCCUCUGCAUUUAGGCAUCUAUUUACACAGCCAUCUCGGCUACUUUCUCUCUUCUACAAUAAAGAAAACUUCCAGCUUGGAGCUUUUCUUGGCUCUUUUGUUAGUAUAUACAAGGGUACUAGUUGCUUCCUGCGCUGGAUCAGAAACUUAGAUGAUGAACUACAUGCUAUUAUAGCUGGAUUUUUGGCAGGUAUAUCAAUGAUGUUUUAUAAAAGCACAACAAUUUCCAUGUACUUAGCAUCCAAAUUGGUAGAGACAAUGUAUUUCAAAGGCAUUGAAGCAGGGAAGCUUCCCUAUUUUCCUCAUGCAGAUACUAUCAUCUAUUCCAUCUCUACAGCAAUUUGCUUCCAGGCAGCUGUCAUGGAAGUUCAGACUUUGAGACCAUCUUACUGGAAGUUCCUUUUAAGACUCACCAAGGGCAAAUUUGCUGUCAUGAACCGAAAAGUCCUUGAUGUUUUUGGUACUGGUGCAUCUAAACACUUUCAGGAUUUCAUCCCCAGGUUGGAUCCAAGAUACACAACUGUAACACCAGAGUUGCCCACAGAGUUUUCUUGAAGAUGACUGUAAUUUAUUAAUGUGACUAAAUGUUUCAUUUUGAAGAGUUAAUUAUGUUGAACACAAAGGAGGGGGCCCAAGCUCGAACUUCAGUGUUAUUUCAGUUAGAGAUACUCUUUUCAUUUGUGUUGUUUUUCUUAUGAAUCAGAAAUUCAGAAGCUUUUUAGGAAGGCGUUGCUUAAUAAUUAAGCUUCCUCCAUAGCCAGAAUAAGAUUCUGGGUCACUGUAGUGAUUGACAUUAUUAUAUAUUAUUGAUCAAAUUAUGUCCAUAAGCAAUAUUAUAUAAUCUAUGUAGAAGUGUAAUAGCAAAGAAGAGUACACUUAAAAUUACUUUAAAAGAUGUCUUUAGUUCAUUCCAAUAUAAUUCUUGAUUAAAAUUAGGAUUAUUUCUAUGUUUUAGGAUUUACAAAGGAUCACGGGUACAUGGAUUUGGUCUGAAUUUUUUUUUUAAGUUUGGAAUUGGUAUCUGUAGUAGUGGAAUGUUAUAGAUUUGAAGUAACUCUCCACGGACAGUGCUGCUUUCGUGUAGAGCAAUUUAAUUGAAGUGGCCAUUCUUACUUCAGGGAUGCAAAGAUGGGUCUCAUACCAUUUGGAUAAAUGUCGUGGUAUCCAUGCUUUUCUUUCAACUAAUAACAUCAUCUCUCUUCAUGACCAGUUAGUUGGGAUAUUUGGCAGCCUAGCAAACCUAUGUACUAAUGGCAGGUUAGGGGUAAAUGGAAAUGGACACAUCCAACAGAGUUGAAAUGUAUGUUUUAAUCUUUCACAGAAGUAUUACACUUGAAUAUUUAAAA